AUGGGCGAUGCCCUGUGGCUCCUGUUCCGAGCCCCUGCCAGCCCUUCCCUGGGCCACUUGUCCGGCCGUUACCUCCUGAGCCUCUUUUCUCAGCUCUUCCGCACCCUCUCCUGCCAGUUCUCUAACUUGGCAGUUUUCGCCUCAUGCCUGGAGCUGGCCCUGGAGGGCGAGCGGCUCUGCAAGGCUGGGGACUUCAAGGCGGGCGUGGCCUUCUUCGAGGCGGCCGUGCAGGUGGGCACCGAGGACCUGAGGACGCUGAGCGCCAUCUACAGCCAGCUGGGCAACGCCUACUUCUACCUGAAGGAGUACGCCCGUGCCCUGGAGUACCACAGGCACGACCUGCUGCUGGCCCGAGGCCACUCCUCAGCCGCCUCAGUGGCCGGACCCCCAGCCCCAGCCCCAGCCCGUGCGGUGCUGGCAGGCGCCGGACACGGCUCUGACCGACUCGCCCCCAGGAGGAACCUGUCCCUGGUGAAGGAGCUGGGCGACCGGGCGGCCCAGGGCAGGGCCUACGGCAACCUGGGCAACACCCACUACCUGCUGGGGAGCUUCGUGGAGGCCACGACCUUCCACAAGGAGCGCCUGGCCAUCGCGAAGGAAUUUGGAGACAAGGCCGCCGAGCGGAGGGCCUACAGCAACCUGGGGAAUGCCCACAUCUUCCUGGGGCGCUUCGACGUGGCGGCCGAGUACUACAAGCCUUGCCGGCCACUAGGGGGCGAGCAAGCCACGCCGGGAACCCUGGUAGCUGAAUGUCCAGCCCCCCCACUCCGCUCCUCUUGGGCCGCCCACCCCUGGACACCAACCCUCGACCUUCCCACCUCCUGUCAGGCUGGGCCUGACCACCUGGACGCGGGGGCAUGGGAGGCCUGGGGGAGGGGCGUGCAGGUGUGGACUGUUUCCCUCCCUGGCAGAGUGGGCGAGGGCCGGGCGUGCUGGAGUCUGGGGAACGCCUACGUGUCCAUGGGGAGCCCGGCGCAGGCCCUGACCUUCGCCAAGAAGCACUUGGAGAUCUCGCAGGAGGUGAGCCAGGCCGGCCCUGCCCCGGCCCCAGCGCUGCCCCGGCCGCGCGGGAAGCCCCCAGGCACCCAGCCCACUCCCGUCCGGCCAGGUGCCCUGUGCGCUCCCGGUUCCUGAACUGUCCUGUGUCCUCUCGGUCCAUCACUGUGUGCUGCCCAGGGGCUG